CAGGGGGAGGGGGGAGCCCCGCUCGGAGCAGCCGGCGCGGCGGCUCCGGCAGGUGGCACUGGCCGCCUCCCCCAGCCGCCUCCCCCGCUCCCCCCCCGGCCCGGGCUCCGCCGCCGCCUCGCUCAGUCCGGUAGCGCCGAUGCUGCUGAGCGGAGCUGCGGCCGGCUCCGAGCGAGGCGGCGGCGCGGGGGCCGGGGCCGGAGGGGCCCCGCAGUGUGUGGGCACCAUGGCCCGCUGGCUCCGCGAGCACCUGGGCUUCCGCAGCGCCAAGCCCGCGCCCCCCGCGCCGCCCAAGCCCGACUACCGCGCCGGGCCGCCGCCGCAGCCGCCCCCGCCGCCCGGGGGCGACGCCGAGCCGUUGGCCGCCGCCCAGCCCGACAUCGUGGCGGCCUACCGGCUGCAGAAGGAGCGCGACUUCGAGGACCCCUACAGCGGGCCGCCUCCGCCGGCCGCCCCCGACGGGCCCCGGUACGUUUCGCCCAAGCACCGGCUCAUCAAGGUGGAGCCGGUGGAGAAGGUGCCCGCCAGCCCCCCGCCUCCGCCACUGACAUCCGCCGCCCCCAGCUCGCCGCCAGCAGGCCCUGAGCUGCCCGACGAGCCACCGCAGGAGCUGGCUGUCCUGGAGGACUACGCAGAUCCCUUUGAUGCGGCGCAGGUGGCAGGUAGCCAGGCAGGGCUGGAGAAGGUGAUAGAGAAUGAUGGAUACAUGGAGCCAUAUGAAGCGCAGAAGAUGAUGGCUGAGAUCCGCCAGAAAGGCUUACGGGAGGCUCCUGCCCGGCCACUGCACCUCUACGACACUCCCUAUGAGCCUGUACUUGGAGGGCUGGACAUGGAUGGUGACCGCCCAGGUUGCCCCAGGCCCAGGGAGUCCCGGCUGCCAGAGGAUGAUGAGCGGCCACCAGAGGAGUAUGACCAGCCCUGGGAGUGGAAGAAGGAGCGGAUCUCCAAAGCCUUUGCAGUUGAAAUCAAGGUCAUUAAAGACCUGCCAUGGCCACCGCCAGUGGGACAGCUCGACAGCAGUGAAAGCCCCGCGGACAGUGAGGCUGGUGCCUCUGUCCCUCCGCAGCAUGGCCAGCCCGGCUACGAAGACGCCAAUGGUCCAUCGGAGGGGCUGGGGUAUGGUCGCACUUCACCCUGCAGGGAGGAGAAGGCCAGGGCUGCCCUGAGGCACGGCUCCAGCAGUCUAAAAAGCACGAAGACGCUCAUCGCCGAGCCUGGCCCCUUUGUUGGGGAGAGGAUUGACCCUGCCCUGCCCCUGGAGAGCCAGUGCUGGUACCAUGGGGCCAUCAGCCGGACGGAUGCAGAGACUCUGCUGAGGCUGUGCAAGGAGGCCAGCUACUUGGUGCGCAACAGCGAGACCAGCAAGAAUGACUUCUCCCUCUCCUUGAAGAGCAGCCAGGGCUUCAUGCACAUGAAACUGUCCCGGACCCAAGAGAACAAGUACGUGCUGGGUCAGCACAGCCCACCCUUCGACAGCGUGCCAGAGAUCAUUCACCACUAUGCGAGCCGCAAGCUGCCCAUCAAGGGGGCUGAGCACAUGUCCUUGCUCUACCCGGUGGCUAUCCGUACCCUAUAGUACUCACCAUCCACGAACCAGGCUCCAGGCUGGGUGCAUCUGAAACUGGUCUGUCUGCAGGGUCGAGCGCAGUCACACUGACCACCGGCUCUGGACCUGCAGCUCACAAGCAGCUCGCUGGGCACAGCCAACGCUGUUGGGGAUUGCUGCAGCUGGACCCUGCGUCCUGCUCCCUUGGGGGGCUCUUGCGCGCUGGUUUGCCAGCUGGAUUGGUGCCGGGGGGAGCCUGUGCCUGAGGAGCUGAGAGGGGCUCGCUGGCUGCCCACUGCCCUUGCCUACCUCCAGGCAGAGCUCAGGACAUUAGGACUGGAGCUGGGGCCUUGGAGAGGCAAGGGAGGGGGGUUAUGUAUUGGAAAAGGGAGAGAAAUCAACUGGUAGCAGGCAUGAGGUGCCACCAUGAGGGUGCUUGGCUCUACCUAUGGGAGACAGAAGGUGCCAGCAGGCAAGAAGGCUGGCAGGGACAAGCCUACCAGGAAUAGCAAGACAUGGCAGGCUGGGCAGGCUGUCCCUUCCACCCCCCACACUGGUCUGCCCUCUCCUCCAUCCUUUGCCAAAUGUACACAGUGACCGCUCUCAGCUAGGCGUGCAGCACUGCUGCCUAAUAAAGUGGUGCAUGUGCACUUCCUGCUCCAUGCAUCCCACCACCCUAACUGGGGGGUCAGUGUGGCAAAACGGCGGGAAGGGGCAUUUUAUUAUGUGAAAGCUUGAAGUGAAUUGCUUUUUCCUUCACUCUUGCACAACACGGGUCUUGAAAGCCAUGUGCGUGAGCGGUCCAGCCAUCUGUAACACGGGGAACAUGGGAAGCUAGUGGUCAUGUCCUUGCUGUGUCUUCGGGACACUUUGUGGGCAGCAAAGUGGACUUGCCCAUUAUUCCCUGUAGAAGCGGGUGCUUUUUGGGAUCUUUUUGCCUCGUUUUCCUUUACCCUUCGUGAGCCUUAGGCAAAAUCCCUGAAUUCACAGAGCACCUGUUCUCCUCUGGGUAUUUAGUGGCCCCAGUCUUGUUCUUUGUCUUCCUGAUACCUUGUCUUUGGGCUAGCUUUCUCCUUUUCUUCAUUUGGCUGAAGCUAUGUGUGAUGCUCUGUAGCAUUUAAUGCAUACCUUGCCUUUUAACCUUG